AUGAAGCACGAAGCUAAUUUAGUGGCUAUCGUGAUCCUGUCUCGGGGAAAGUGCAACCUAUCUAGAUGCAUUACUCAGUACCUGGUGUCCAUGGCGGUAGCGGAUCUCUUGGUCGUGAUCACAGCGGUGAUAUUGAACAGAAUCCGUGGUAUUUAUUUCCCGCUGAGUUUUCUGACUCAAACUCGGGGGUGCAGUGCUACCGCCGUCGUAACAUAUGCAGCCAGAGACAGCUCUGUCUGGUUAACUGUCGCUUUUACCUUUGACCGAUACCUUGCCAUUUGUUGCCCGAAACUCAAAAGAAAAUAUUGCAACGAACGAACAGCGGCCGUGGUUAUAGGUACAGUUUGUGCCUUGAGUUCUGUGAGAAACCUUCCCUGUUAUUUUAUGUACGAACCAUUGUACGUGGUAAAUAAUGUUUCGUGGUUUUGCAGCAUAAGGCCAGUGUUCUACACGUCAGUUGGUUGGGCAGCAUUCGACUGGCUGGACCGGAUUUUGACUCCAUGUGUACCCUUCGUUCUGAUCUUGCUACUCAACGCUCUGACGGUCAGGUACAUUCUAGCCGCCAACAGAGCUCGGCGGAGACUCCAAGUGGGCAACAAAGGAGAGAAUCAGAAUGACCCAGAAAUAGAGAAUCGAAGGAAGUCCAUUGUUUUGCUGCUGUCGAUAUCGGGGACUUUUAUCCUGUUGUGGCUGACGUAUGUAAUAAAUUUGCUGUAUGUGCGGGUUACAAAGAGUAGCUAUUUUGCAGGAUCCGAUUUUAGUGAUCCUCGCUUCAUUUUGCAGGAAAGCGGGUACAUGCUCCAACUAUGGAGCUGUUGCACUAACACCUGCAUUUACGCAGGGACCCAGAGAAAAUUCAGAGAGGAGCUAAAGAAAGCGGCUAAAUAUCCCCUCCACUUAAUUUGGAAGAUCUUGCACAACUGA